AUGAACGGAGGUGACGAUUUGGAUGAUGGCUUAGCGUAUGACGUGGAACUUUCCAAUGAUGAAGGUGUGGAUGUGGAAAGUGAUUCCCAAUUCCAGAACGGUGCAGACUUGAGUGGAGAUGAGCAUGAAGAUGAAGAAAACCCAAAGAAGAGAAAGAAGACCGAUAAGCUCAAAGAAAAAAAAAAGUUGAGAAUGGAUAUGGAUAUGGAACACAAGAAAAACUUGUCCAAGGAAACGUCUGCAGAGGCCAUUGCCGAUUUCGUGAAUGAUAACAUUAGAAAGAAGAACCCAGAUCUUUCAGCAUUGGAGUUGGCUGCCAAAUACUUGAAAAAGACAGAUUUUAGAUCUUCGGCAGAGUUUGAAGAGCCCAGAACCUUGGACAACUUCUCCAAGUUCAUCGAGGCAAGAUUCAAGAACAUGCUUCCGUCAAGUACUCCAGGUAAGAAGAAUACCAACAAAGGCAAGAAGAAAAAGGAGAAAAAGAAGCACGAAGAGGCUAAGGAGCCAACAGGUAAUGAAGAGAGAAAGUUUAUUGCCAUCUUGUCUAUGUCUGCCAUUCGAGCAUGCGAUGUUCACCGUGCACUUCGGGACAUUCCAGGAUCAUCGUUGAAGCUCAUCAAUAAGAACAAAUUGCAUGUAGAUUUGAAAUUGGUAAAGUCUACCUGGUCAAGAGUGUUGUGCUGCACUCCUGGUCGUCUUUUGAAGGUACUUGGGGACGAAGAGCAGCCCUUGAAGAAGGAUGAGAUUAAGAUCGUUCUUAUUGACAAUACUUACUUGGACCAGAAGUUGCAGAAUGUCUGGGACAUCAAAGAGACAACCGAGACAUUGAAGGAGUUGACUGAGGCUGGCUCAAAAAUUUACUUGUACUAA